GUAAGAGAAAAGUUGUGUGUUUUUGCCGGCCCCUUCUUCUCCACUUAUCUGUUUAUUUGAUUAUUUUUUUCUUCAUUUUAUAUAGUUCAAAAUUCUGUUGUUUUUAUUCUUAUCUUCUGCUGAUUUUCUCCCAUUAUAAGCGUGUUGAAUAGUCAACUUGCAGCCUAGCAGCUUUUUAAAUUUCUUUUUAAAAUGCAAUGACCAUGUUUUUUGGUUUUCUCAGCACCUGCACACAGAAUUUUUUGAGAUCAAGCCGUCUAAAUUUGCUGUUGAGGGGUUUUGGGGUUUGAUAGGUUUUGUGGAAUCUUGAUUUGUCAUAAUUGAAUUGUGGUGAAAAUUGGGGUUUAUUGAUUGAAUUGUGUGUAAAGUUGGAAUCUUUUUUGGUUUUGUUUGUUGAUGUGUCAAGGAUUUGUUGUGGGGUUUGGAUUCUUGGUAUUUGAUUGUUGUUUUUAUGGUAAAAAGGUGGAGUCUUUUGGUGGUGUAGUUAGUGAAUCAAAGGGUUUAUAGAAAUUGGAUUUAUAGUUCUUUUUCUGGCAUAAAGUUGGAGUCUUUUUGGUUGUGUAGUUAGUGAAUCAAAGGGUUUAUAGAAAUUGGAUUCUUGGUGUUUGAUACUUGAUAGUUGUUCUUUUUCUGAAGUUGUAGUUUGUGCAAAAAGUUGGAGUCUUUUGGAGUUGUAGUUACUGCAUCAAGUGUUUAUGGGUUGUUGGUUGUUCUUUAUGCAGUUGAAUUUUGCAAUGGAAAUUUGGAAUUGUAUUUGAGUGGCUGUUCUACUGAAUUGGGUUGUUUUGACUUUGGGGUUCCAUGGUUAUGGGGAAAAGAUUGAUUUUUGCAAAGACUGGUUUCUGGGAUUUGUAGUUUUGCAACUGCAGGGGAAGGUUUUCGGUUGGGUUUUCGUUGAUUGAUUAUGGGUGGUGUUUGUGGAAAACCUUCCGAGCCCGUGCAGAAUAGGCGGGAUAGACAAAAGAGGAGUGAAUUUACUAAAGGGGCAACUGUGGUAUCACGCCCACUACGAGCUGUUUCUACAAAGAGAGAGGAAAGUUUCAGGGUGAAAGACAAGUUGGAAAAUGGUGAUGUGAAGCUUGGUUUGGUAGAUAGGAAGUCUAAUGGAUCAAGAAAGGUCAGGGAUGAUCAUUAUGAGCAGAUAAAGGAAAAGCUUGGACUCAUUGUGAAUGGUUGUCCUGGAAACGGAGUCGUCCCAAAAGCCUUGGAAGGGGAGCUGAUUGCUGCUGGAUGGCCUUCUUGGCUUGCUUCAGUGGCUGGUGAAGCUAUUAAUGGAUGGCUUCCUCGCAAGGGCGAUACAUUCGAGAGAUUAGACAAGAUUGGCCAAGGGACUUAUAGUAGUGUAUACAAGGCUCGUGACCUAAUUAACAAUAAACUUGUUGCACUCAAAAGAGUGCGGUUUGAUAAUAUGGAUAUUGAAAGUGUCAAAUUUAUGGCAAGGGAGAUAGUCAUUUUGCGUAAGCUUGAUCAUCCAAAUAUUAUCAAAUUGGAAGGCUUGGUUGCAUCAAGAUCAUCUUGCAGUUUGUACCUUGUUUUUGAGUACAUGGAACAUGAUCUCACUGGACUGGCAUCUCUUCCUGAUAACAAAUUUACCGAACCACAGAUGAAAUGCUAUAUGCAUCAACUUCUUAGUGGACUUGAUCAUUGCCAUAGUCGGGGUGUUUUGCAUCGGGACAUUAAAGGUUCAAAUCUUUUGAUUGACAAUAACGGGAUCUUGAAGAUUGCAGAUUUUGGCUUAGCAACCUUUUUCGAUCCGCACCAAAGUGUUCCUUUGACAAGCCGUGUUGUGACUCUUUGGUAUCGACCACCCGAGCUCUUACUUGGAGCAAGUCACUAUGGAGUCGCUGUAGAUUUGUGGAGUACUGGCUGCAUACUUGGAGAAUUAUAUGCUGGCAAGCCCAUUAUGCCUGGAAGAACAGAGGUGGAGCAGCUGCAUAAGAUUUUUAAGCUUUGUGGUUCACCAUCUGAGAAUUAUUGGAAAAAAGAAAAAUUACAUCAUUCAACAGCAUUUAAACCGUUACAUCCUUACAGACGGCGUCUUGGGGAAACAUUUAAGGAUUUUCCUCUAUCUGCUGUGAGGUUGAUGGACACAUUACUUUCUAUAGAUCCUGAACUUAGGGGAACAGCUGUCGGUGCUCUGGAGAGUGAGUUCUUCACCACAAGGCCACUGCCUUGUGAUCCUUCAAGUUUGCCAAAGUACCCUCCCAGCAAGGAAAUUGAUGCAAAACUGCGGGAUGAAGAAGCUCGAAGCAGACAAGGAGCUGCAGGAGUGAAGAACCAAUUUGAUGAAGGGCAUAUGAGAGGAUCAAAAGAACCUCGAGCAGUUCCAGCACCUGAUGCUAAUGCCGAGUUGGCGAGGUCAAUGCAGAGGAGGCAGAGCAGUUCAAAUCCCAAGAGCCGAUCUGAGCACUUCUAUCCCUAUAAAGAAGCUCCUUGCGGUUUUCCAAUUGAUCAACAUAAACCAUUACAACCGAGCAAAGAAAAAGGUGGAGAUCACUUGGAGAAUCAUUCAGAGAGAUUUUCUCAUUCAGGACCUCUAGCACCAGGAUUUGGGUGGGCAAAAUCCGGGAAGAAAUAUGAUCAUGAUAUUUCUGUUGGUUCCAAUAGAGCCGACUUAUCCAAGUUUUCUACUUUAGUAGCAUCUAGGUCAGUUGUCACUGGUGAUGCUCGAGAUCGAUUUGUUGCUUCACAGGUAGAAUCUGGCCGUCAAGUAGAAAGGCCAGUACGCUUGCUUGACGAACAUUCAAGGAAGCAGGAUUGGAAGCGUCAGAUGCAAAACCAUGCUAGUUCUCGUCAAUUUGACAAUGGAAGGGCUAGUAUUAAAGAACAAAAUCUGCAUGGCCAUACCCAUGGUCACAAGGGAAACACAAUCCAUUUCUCAGGUCCACUACUUGUUCAACCAAAUAAAGUGGAUCAAAUGCUUAAAGAGCACGAUCGUCGUAUCCAGGAAGCUGCACGACGAGCAAGGCUCGAGAAGGCAAGAGCUGGCAAAGGCCAAGCUCAAGGGAUGCCGAGAACAACCAAUUCUUUUUACGUUACUAGUCUGGGAUCGCGGUAGUUUGGGAAUUAUAUAUACUGUUCUAUGUACAGUUCUUGAAGUAACUGUUAUUGUUAUUUGUAGGAAAUUCAGUAAAGAUGAAUAUAGCCAAAAUAAUUAUGUGGUUUUUUACAAGAAAAGGUUAAACUUGUUUAUGCAAACAAUUUUUUUUCUUUUA